CGAAAUCAUCUGACGAAUGAUUAAAGAAAGCAUGGGAAACAAUACAGAAUGCCUAAUGCCUAGUGCCUUUACCUCCACUGGUCUUCCUAUGGUUUAUGCACUGAUGUUUUUACCAAGUAUUUUUGGAAACAUUAUAUCUCUCGUGAUAUUCAAAAGAUUGAGCAGAAAAACAUCUACACACAUCUAUCUUAUUAACCUUGCCAUCUCUAACAUGGUUGUAUCAACUGGUAUGCCCUUCCAGAUGGCCUACUACAGUCAAGCACAGUACUGGUCCUAUAACUCUGGGCUGUGCUCCAUUGUGUAUCAGGCAGCAAGCAUACUCACACAUUGCAGUAUGUGUGUGAGCUUUACCAUUUUCUGCUGGAUCGCAGUCAGUCGAUACGCUACAAUAAUGAAGCAUAAAACACGGAUGCAGGUUAAACCUAAGACAUCAUAUGAGAAAAUUAUAUUCGGGCAAAUUCUUAAAACAUUCCAGAACCCCCAAUUUGCCUUUUACUUGUGCACUGGUGUGUGGCUUAGUUUGCUUUUCCCAAACAUCGCCUUUUUUCUGGUAAACCAGGAUCUUGCACCAGAUAAACACUGUUUCGCUAAAGAAGCACAAAUUGUAGAGCAGAAAUACAAGAUUACUUCAGUCCUAGAGUCUACCUUUUUUUUCAUAUUCUUCCUGGUUGUAUUGCUCUUUUAUUACUUUUUUGUAAAGCAUAUACAACAGAGUCAAGCCAACAGCUGCAUCGGGAAAAAACAUCUAGUUUACAGCAAAGUAAAAAACAACAUCAUCGUUAUAGUGACUCUACUACUGCUCUGCUUCACACCUUAUCAUCUCUCCAAGUUUCUCCUGGCAGGAUUUGACUAUUCACAUGGAUGCCAAAAGCUAAGUGCACUGAUUGAAAUAAAAAACUGUUGUUUGUGUCUAGCAGAGUUUCGAAGCUGUACGGACCCCAUUGUUUAUUUUGUCUUAGAUGAUACUUUUAAAAAGAAUUUUCUACUUUUUUGUAAGAAAUGUUCUAAAGAUGAAGAGGUCAGUUCUUCAACAGCAAACAAUCAAUCCAAUAUUCAAACGCAAACAUUAUCUAGGAAUAUAUGAAGCACAGUAACAAAGGAGU